GACACUCUGAUAAUCUUGGUCCUAUGUCCUUUGACACAAAGAUUGCAUACACAGAUUCUUUUUUUCUCUUCUCACUGAACUCACACAAGCACUUUUUCUGUCUCUUUCUCACUCACACACUCACAGUGUUGUGUGUGUUUUUGAGUAAUGCUUGGAUCUGAAGCCACACAAAUCCAAUACUCUCUUAAGCCAGAAAAGACAACUGGGCUAGGUUGUGCGUGAACUUCAAUGGCGGCUAUGGAUGGUCAAAAUCCUCUUCUUGAUGAAAUCACCUGCGGUUCCUUGUUAUAUAAGCUUCAGGAAAUAUGGGAUGAGGUUGGUGAGAGUGAUGAAGAGCGAGACAAGAUGCUCCUUCAGAUAGAGGAAGAGUGCUUGGAUGUGUACAAAAGAAAGGUUGAGAUGGCUGCUAAGUCAAGGGCACGGUUACUUCAAUCCUUGUCUGAUGCUAAGCUUGAACUGUCUAGUCUUUUAUUGGCUCUUGGUGAAAACAGUUUCACUGGAAUGCCUGACAAGACUUCAGGUACUAUUAAGGAACAACUUGCAGCCAUAGCACCAAUACUUGAACAGCUUUGGCAACAAAAAGAGGAAAGAGUAAAGGAGUUUUCAGAUGUACAGUUACAGAUCGAACAAAUAUGUGGAGAGAUAACUGGGGACUUGAACCCUGAUCAGACUGGAUCAGGAUCAUUUACAGUUGAUGAGUCUGACCUUUCCUUGAAGAAGUUGGAUGAAUAUCAAGCCCAAUUCCAAGAACUGCAAAGGGAAAAGAGCGAGAGGUUGCAGAAGGUUCUUGAAUAUGUGAGUACAGUGCAUGAUCUAUGUGCUGUCCUUGGCAUGGACUUCUUUAGUAUUGUCACUGAAGUUCAUCCAAGCUUAAAUGAUGCUGUAGGUGUUCAUUCCAAAAGCAUAAGCAAUGGCACACUAGCUAAACUGGCUAAGACCGUCUCUUCCCUGAAAGAAGAUAAAAAGCAGCGGCUACACAAGCUUCAAGAAUUAGCUUCUCAGUUGAUUGAUCUGUGGAAUCUAAUGGAUACCCCUACCGAGGAAAGGAGACUAUUUGACCAUGUUACUUGUAAUAUCUCAGCUUCUGUAGAUGAAGUCACUGUUCCUGGUGCCCUUGCUCUAGAUUUGAUUGAGCAGGCUGAAGUGGAAGUUGAAAGGCUUGAUCAGCUGAAAGCCAGUAAGAUGAAAGAAAUUGCUUUCAAGAAGCAAGACGAGCUUGAAGAGAUAUAUGCCCGUGCUCAUGUAGAAAUAAACCCUGAAGCUGCUCGAGGGAAUAUUUUGUCAUUGAUUGACUCUGGAAACAUUGAACCAUCUGAAUUACUGACUGACAUGGAUAAUCAGAUAGCUGCAGCAAAAGAAGAAGCUUUAAGCAGAAAAGAAAUAUUGGACAAGGUUGAGAAAUGGAUGUCUGCAUGUGAAGAAGAGAGCUGGCUUGAAGACUAUAAUAGGGAUGAAAACAGGUAUAGUGCAAGUAGAGGUGCACACAUAAACCUCAAACGUGCUGAGAAAGCUCGAAUUCUGGUCAGCAAAAUUCCAGCUUUGGUUGAUACAUUGGUUGCUAAAACUCGCACUUGGGAAGAAGUACACAACAUGUCAUUCACAUAUGAUGGUGUUCCUCUCCUUGCUAUGCUGGAUGAAUAUGCCAUGCUGAGGCAUGAACGACAAGAGGAAAAACGAAGGAUGAGGGACCAGAAAAAGUACUAUGAACAGCAAACCACAGAUCAGGAAUCUGUGUUUGGUUCAAGACCUAGUCCUGCAAGGCCACUUGGCAACAAGAAGGUAGUUGGCCCUCGACCAAACGGUACUCCAAAUAGACGGUUAUCUCUUAAUGCUCAUCAAAAUGGAAGCAGGUCCACAGCAAAAGAUGGAAAAAGGGAUAAUACUAGACCAGUUGCUCCCCUUAACUAUGUAUCAAUGUCAAAAGAAGAUGCUGCUUCCCAUGUUUCUGGUACUGAACCAGUUCCAACAUCACCCUAGUGAAAUAUGUAUUUUAGUCCCAUAAUGUCAUUUUUGAAUCAUUGUCAUACUACUACUACUGCUGCUUUAAUCUGUUAGAAAUGUACUACAUAGUUGACAAGUAAUAGGAGAGGAACUCUUUUUGAGAUGUGUAUCUUGUAUGUGUCAUUUAGAGGUUUUCUCAAUAUAUGUUGCUUUAUCCUUUUCUUCUAAAGAUGGGUUAGAUUUGUUAUAUGAUGUAA